AUGGAAGAAACACUUUUUUGGCACGACAAUUGGUUGGGUCGAGGGCCGUUGAAAUAUUUGUUCCCUAAUAUUUUCAAGUUGGCAAUUGAUAAAGGAGGGUAUUUAGACUCCUAUUUCGAGAUGGUCGGGUCCACCUACCAGUGGAAAUGGGGUUGGAUAACAAACCCAAGGUCUGAGGUGGAAUGGAGGGAAAUUGGCAAUUUAAUGUGCUUUCUUCAGCAAGUCCGUUUCAAAGGCGGAAAGGAUAUGUGGCGUUGGGAUAAUGAUCGAGGGGAGAGGUUCUCCACUAAAAGUAUUCGCCAAGAGUUAGAGCUGAAGGGCACGGUUCCUAGCGACUGUGGAUCCUUCAAAUGGAAUGCUUGGGCUCCUCUCAAGGUUAACUACUUAGUUUGGCGGGCCGAGCUUGGGAGAAUUGCGGAUAAACUAAGCUUGGUGAAAAGAGGGAUUAAUAUCACAAACAAUUUUUGUAGCAGGUGCGGAAUAAACGAGGAAUCAAGCGACCAUCUCUUCGUAUCUUGCUUAUGGGCUAAAGCGGUUUGGUGGAACAUUCUGAGGUGGCUAAAAAUCUCUAUGGAUUGCGAGUGGGUUUCGGUUUCACAACUAUUUGAGCACAUCUCGGUGCAAGUUGGAUCAAAAAAGUGGAAGCAAACAGUGCAAAUGGUGGCUAUGGCGUGUAUGUGGAGACUAUGGUUAGCACGAAACGAAAAGGAAUUCAACGACAACAUGGUCCCUGUCCAGACUAUUGUGGAGUUGACAAAAGAAGAAUCAUUCUUGUGGAUGAAGAAUAGAGCAAAGGGUAUCUCAACGGGCUGGAACGAGUGGGUCACUUUUGACAUUUCUGCUAUGUUGUAA